CGCGGCAUUAGGAAAGUUGAGAACCGCUGCCUUAAGAGGUUCUUCUUGAGCCCUAGGAUUGCAAAUCUAGACCCGCCCCCAAUGCAGCCAAUCUGCAACACGCUCCGAAAGUCUGCUGGGAACUGUAGUCAUAUGGCUCUCCUUUUGCCUCCCCAGGCCAUAAAAAACAUUCCUGGGUAUGAUCAAGAGGAAUUCUGGGAGUUGUAGUCUAAGUGGACCUUUCCCUCUCUCUAUAAAAAAAAAAAAGAUUGAUUUUUCUCCAAGCCAGGAAUAGGUCGUAGAGAUUGCAAACACUUUUAUUACUUCUAUUUUUUAAUGUCUAUUUAACACACGUGCAAGCACACGCCCUCUCACCGUUCCAUUCACGAACGCUCGUAUCUCACCUGGAAAACGCUGUAGAUCCGUUUCUCCAUCUCAUUAAUUGGUGCUCGGCGUUUCGCUCCUGAUUGGCUGGUAGUAAAAAAAAGCACCUGCAGCUGAAAGCUAUUUCAAGAUUGCGGGAAAACAGCCUGGGACGAUCACGGGUGUUGGUUUGAUUUGCGCAGCGUGCUGCGACUUCUCUGAGAAAUCGACAAAACGAUGGCAGCGCAACUGGUUGCUAACAUGAAAAUCAGGUCUGGUGAUUGCAUCAAAGUAAAAGCCAAGAUAGAAAUAGAUGCUGAAAGUUUUGCCAUCAACUUGGGCAAGAAUGAGUCUGAGCUGGUCCUUCACUACAACCCCCGCUUUGAGAGCCAAGGGGAUGUUAGGACCAUUAUUUGCAAUUCCAAAUCGUGUGGAGAAUGGGGUAUGGAGGUCGGGGAUGCAGCGUUCCCUUUCCAACAGGGAGAAGAAUUCAAGCUCUUUGUCUGCUUUGAUGCCAAAGAAGUCACUGUGAAAAUGCUCAAGGGCGAGGAAAUGAAGAUCCCAAAUAGGUUGAAACUGGAUACAAUGGAAUACUUCUCUAUUAUUGGUGAUGUUAGAAUUAAAUGUGUCAGAUUUGAUUGAUCCCAACCCUUGUUUUGCACCCAGAAAUAAAACUUGCAUGAAUAAAAUGAAA